AUGUCCACCCCCUUCAACUUCCACCUCCCCUCCACAACCAGAAACAGCAUCUUCGACCCCGACCCCCCAGCCCUCCCCUCCACCCCCGACCGCGCCCGCGCCAAACAACCCUCCUCCAAAUCCCAUCCCGCCACCACCACCGCAGACCCCCUCUACACCAACGCAAGCCACCGCUCCACCACCCCGUCCGGCCCGCCCCCGCCCUCUGCUCGGGGAGGAGCAGGAGCAGGAGCAGGAGCAGACGACGACGACGAUCCCCAUAACUCGUCUACCGCCAGCUUCACGCCCGCGGGCGCGCCAUCGGCGAGUUAUUUGGGGAGUUCCUUGCUGAGGGGUAUGUCGACUGCGAGAGGUAGUGCUGGUGGUGCUGGUGGGAGGGAGCAGCCUGCGAGGGGGCUGUUUACGGCGGGGGUUGGGGCGGGAGCUGGGGCUGGCGAGGGGGCGCCGCCGCCGCGGGGGUUGUUUACUGGUGGUGGGGGGUUUUCGGAUGCUGGUGGUGGUGGGAGUAGUCGUGGGGGGUUGUUUACGGGGAUUGGGGGAGGGUUUGAUUCCGCCGGUGGGUUUGCCGGGUUGGGCGAUGGGAAGAAGAAUCUGUUUGCGGGGACGGGGACGCAGAAGCGGAAUGCGCCGCUGGGGAGGUCGAUUAUUAGGGGCCCGGGCCAUACGCGCCAGCCGUCAAGGCUGAGCAGGGCGGUGGCGGUUGAUGAGGAGGAGGAGAGCCCUAGGCUGGGCGGGAGGGCUGCGGCGCCUGCGCCUGCUAGCAAGACGUUUGGGGUGCCGUUUGAUGACGAUGAUGAUGAGGAGGGCGAGAGCGAUAUGUGGCUGGAUCUGCCCUCGACGGCGGGGACCGGGGCGGGGUUGCCCACAGUUGGGGAUGAGUCGGAUCUGCUGAUGAUGGCUACGCCCGCCGCCACUGAGAGGGUGCGCCGCGAGGCUGAGGAUAUCUUCCGCGCAUCGUCGUUCCCCGCCGGUGGGCCGGUGAGAAGGACCGAGUACCACUAUGCUGCGCUCGCCAAGGAUGUUUAUCAACAGAUGGGGACCGCGCAGGUUACCGAAACCCCGCAGGUUAUUCUGGGGACGGAGAACCUGCUUGCGAUGCUUUAUGAUGAGGGUGUGGGUGAGGCGGAGGACGAGGAGAAGAUGGACGAUACCCUGGCGACCGUCUCAGCCAAGGUGGCCGCGCUCUGGAAGGGUCAUGUGGAUAAGCUCCCGCGUCCGACCGAAGACCAUGCCGCCGAGAUUGGGCCCGGCCCCCACGCCUCCCCGUUCGAGAAGGCCAACUACCUUGCCAACCUAGCCCUACAGAUCCACCACACGCGGUACGAGGAGAGCGGCAUGGCGCGCGCGGAACCGCUUCCCGAGACGCUGUUCCGUUGGCUGAACGAAUACCACGACAUGUACGGCAACCAGGUCGAGGAGAUCCUCCGGUACCGGCCCAGCCCGGCGUGCCACUCGCUAUUUUGGCAAGCCGUCUUCAUUGCGCUUCUUCGCGGCAAGGUGAGCGACGCCGCGCGGCUGCUCUACCAAGCUGGCUGGGGCCACGUUCGGCGCGGCCAGCGCGGUGAGUACGCCUAUGUCGACCGUGCGCUUGAGAACGUGCAACGCGCGGUCGACGAGACGAUCGGCGUGCUCGAGAGCUGCCCGGGCUAUGACGGCAACUGGGAGAUUUGGAACAGCGACUGGACCCUGUUCCGCGUGCGCGCCCAGGGCUCGCUCGAGCAUCUCAGACGCUUUGCCGAGGGCAAGGACAGCGCAUUCGGCGAAUCGACCUUCUCGGCCUCUAAUACAUCGGCAAGAGGCCGGCAGUCUAUGGCCGGCUUGGCCAGGCGCGCCGAGAGCCAGGUGCCCUGGGAGAUUUACGAGAACCUGAAUAUCGUGUUCGACAUCGUUCUCGGCCAGCAGGGCGCCAUUCUGGAGGCAGCACAGGACUGGCUCGAGGCUACGGUCGGUCUGUUCGGCUGGUGGGACGAGCGGAAGUCUCAUACGGACAAACCCUUUUCCAUGUCACAGUCACUCUCGCGAUCGCAGGCUCUGGUCCUCGCUUCGACACCCGCGGCGGACACGGACAGCUAUCUCGACAGGCUUGCGCACACGUUCCAUUUGGCGGUGGAAUCCGACUUCCACUUCAACUCCCAAAAUGCCGUCGAAAUUGGCAUGGCCUGUCUUUUUGAAGAUAAUAUCAAGGGCGUCAUUGGCCUGCUCCGUGGCUGGUCGCUUCCCGUUGCCGCCGCGGUGGCUGAGAUUGCGUCGCUCGGAAAAUGGCUGCCUCCCCACCACCCUUCAGGCGUGUUUGGGCUCGAGGAUUUGGACAUGGACGAUUUGGAGGUCCUUGGCAUGGAUCCUGGCGCGCCGGAUGAGAUCGACGGCAUCAAGGACAGCACACUGGUGCAAUAUGCCCAAGCACUAGCCGACUAUGACGGCCUAUCCACGGUGAAAGACAGGCUGGGUGUCUCGAGGGAAGGCUGGGAGCUGUCGAUCAGCGUCCUUGGCCGGAUGGACUCGCCAGAACGGUCAGAGGAGAUGGUGAGAGACGUGGUCGAGCACCUGGUCCAAGAAUUGCACGUGGACUCGAAUGCUACAGUGGACCGGUUGUGGCUGCUGUUGAACGAGCUCGGCAUGAUCGAGUUUGCGGAGGAUACGACACAGGCCUACGGAGACAUCCUCGCCCGGGAGUCUCAUCGUUACGGCGAGGCCAUGUGGUACUACGCCCUCGCGCACCGCCCGAACAAGGUCCGCGAGGUCAUGAACCUGCUCAUCUCCUACUCCCUCAUCCAAUCCACGGCAUUCCCACCCGCCAACGACCUCGACGACUACCUCCACAAGCUACUCACCGACCGCCAGAACACGCUCGAGCAGUGCGCCAACCAGGACAUGGAGGCCGCCGAGCUCCUGGGCAAGAUGCUCAGUGGCUACGCCUCGCUGCGCCAGUUCUACGACAUCCGCGACAACGAGCACGCCCUCCCGCACGCCACGCCGCACGCGCGGCGGCAGCAGGCAGCAACGGCCCUCGUCAGCGUCAUCGCCAGCUCGGACGACAACAUCCGUGGCGGCCUGUUCGACCAGACGCGUGACGGCAUCGUCAGCGAGGACUUUUUGCUCGCCCUGCUCGGCGAGGCCCUCGUCUUCGUCUCCAACCCGGACGACACCAGUGUCCACCACCACCACCACGGCCACGGCUACGGCCACCCGGCCGACCCCGUCGGCCCGGCCGUCUCCCUCGACCAGAUCGACGUCAUCCUCAAGGCCAUCGAGGACCUGCAGGCCGUCGGCGACAGGGUCUAUCACGCCUCGGACGAGUUCCUGCAGCUCGUGCUGGCGUCCGCGCCGGGCGGGUUGAAGGGCUCCACGCCGGCGGAUUUGCUCAAGAAGAAUGCUGCUGAUGGUGGUGGGCAGGGAGGGAAUGUGAUGCUGGCGGGCAGCUCGCUGGUGGCGAGCCAGCUGCAGCGGUCGCUUACUGGCGGCGGCGCGCUGGGGAAGGUGGCUGUUAAGAGGGGGUGGGAUUGGCGGGCUGAGGUCACGACUAAGACUAGGGGGCGGGAUGUCAUGAAGAGGUUGAGGUUGGGGUUGGCGAAGGAUCUGGCGGGGCUGUGGUUGGAGGAGGCCGGUGAGAUGGUUUGGUAG